GGUUUCCCCGGAAUGCUUGCUUCGGCACUACAGCACAUCUGUUCACAUCAACCCUCUUUCGUGCUACUAGUUACAUCGCGGAGACUGCAUAUUCCUAUCAAAGAUACGUCAACAGGUAUGGAGAGUUCGCCAUUGAAAAAUUGUAGGUACGCGGGCUUCUCCUUUGAAACCAUUCAAAUCGAAUUCUACUCCGAAGUGUCUUUCCCGGGGUAUCAUCAGCGUUGUGUUUAGCAAUGGUCAGCUACCGAUAUGAUUACAAGGUUUGAGAUCUCCACCAAAAGAAAUGUUGUGGCAAGUCCACUCAACCAUAACGUGCGUCCUGCGGAGAGUGCGUAGGGAAAAGAUGCGGAUAUGCAAAAUGCUCUGAUCUAUACACAACCCUCCUUCUUUUCCCUUGUGCUCUUGUUUCUUUUGCUGCUUUGCUAUUUUGCUUUCUUUUGAUGCCUCUGUCUUUUCACGGACUGGUAUGGCUUUAACACAUACUAUUGUUGUGCUCUGCGUUUGUUUCUAACGUUAUUCUCGUCGUUCUUACUGCAAUCCACACAAUUUGACGCUCACUAUAUCGAGCGAUAAUGCCUUCUUUUGCUGAUCAGCCAGAAGAGGUGAAAAUCAGAGAACGAAAAAGAGUAAGGAAUCUCUUGAGGUAUUAUACCCCGGAGAAAUGGAAGCUCACCAGAGAAAGUGAAGACUAUGAUAUCGAAACAAACGGGAGAGGAAUACCUGAAACCACAUGUGAAGCGGCAGAACAACCGGAUAUAGCAGAAGACCCGAAAGAAAACGAAACAGGGGGACCGGAUUCUUCAAAACGACUUCGUCAUGAUCCUACAUUGACAGCAUUUGCGCAGCUCGGCGCAUAUCGAUUAAAUACUGAAAGAUCUUUUAUUUCUCUUAUGGAUUCACAUAAUCAAUACAUCAUUGCAGAAGCAACAAGGAGUGUCUCUUUACAUGAAAGAGACGUUACGAAACCUGGCGAUGAGAUCUUCCUUGGGGCCCGCAUUCUGGAUAUGCAUUGGGGAAUAUGUCCAAACACUAUUCAAAUAUUCACGGCCAAAGACGAUACUGGAAAUUUGAAAACAAACCUUGUUACAGCAAAUCAGACUCAGUACGUAAUGAAUGAUCUCUCUGCUAUCGAAAAAUACAAAAAUCGCCCCUACAUCGCGGGAUGGCCGCAUAUGAGAUAUUAUGCCGAGGUUCCUAUAUAUAGUCCGGAAAAUAUUGUAAUAGGAACAUUUUGUGUAGUAGACAACAAACCACGAAUGGAGGGACUAGACGAGGAGGGAUUUAUCAUAUUAAAUGAGAUUGCAAAAGCAAUUAUGAGUCACCUUGUUCUCAUCGAAAAACAAGACCAUCUAGAAAGGGGAGAGAAGAUGGUUAAAGGCUUGGGGUAUUUUGUCGCUGGUAAAUCCAACUUGGGCGAAGGAUUAAAGGAUACAUCACAAAAUGGAAUGGAUCCUCAGAAUGCGUCUCAAUCUCAUCCAAUCGACACAUCUGGCUCAUCAUCAAUAACAACAGAAAAAAUGGAGAUUCGCCAAACACAAGUGAAUUCCGUUAGCCCACCAGAUCAAAUCAGCAAGUUAUCUUCUCUUUCGUCUGGGUUUGAAAAGGCUAGAAUGGUCGGGAAAAAUAGGCCCAGUAUAAGUAGAACCUCUUCGACGGAAUCCGCUCGACAAGAAACCUUUGCGAUCACGCGACUCAAAAAGGUAUUCUCCCGAGCGAGUCAACUUAUUCUUGAGGCCAUGAGUCUUGAUGGAGUUGUAUUUGUUGAUGCAUGCUUCAGAGAUUCGGCAAGCAAACUUGCAUCCAAGAAUAAAAUUGUUUCCAGUGCAACCCAUGAUAAGUCUCAAGGUUGGACUCAAAAUAAAGACGUGAUCAAAGUGCCAGCUUCUUUGGAUGAGAUAAAACUUAAAGGUAGGCGAGUAGGGAAGGUUUUGACAAGUGAUUUGCUUGGAUGCAAAAUCAGACAUGAUCAGAAUUCCUCUCAUUUGGAUGAGCCUACAAACAUCACCCUCACACAGGCGACUGUUAAGGGCUUAAUGACAUGUUAUAGCCAAGGUCGAAUGUUUGUUUUGCAUGAAGAUGGAUCUUUAAAUCUUGAUUUAGAACCAGAGUCAUUCGAAAUUUGCGAGAAUGGGAAUGUCGAACCUGAUAGAAAAUUGGUCGCAGCUUGGGUCGCAGAGCUGAUAAAAAUUUGUCCCGGUGCACGCACAAUUGUGUUUUUUCCUCUGAGAGACCAACAGCGAGAUCAGUGGUUCGCGGGAAGCUUUGCAUGGACAACAAGAGAGCUCAGAAUCAUGACCGCUGAAGAUCUCACCUAUCUUACAGCUUUUGGGAACUGUAUUAUGGCGGAAAAGUCCCGUCUAGACUCCGAACUUGCAGAUCGUGCCAAAUCCGACUUCAUCUCUGUGGUAUCUCAUGAACUACGCUCGCCGCUUCAUGGUGUAUUAGCCAGUGCAGAAGCACUUCGAGAUACUUCGACUGGCGAUGAACAAGAUGAUAUGAUUCGUUCUAUCACCAUUUGUGGUGAAGUUUUAUUGGAUACCAUGGAUCACAUUCUGGAUUACGCAAAGAUUACAAACAAAGGAGACACUAAGGAUAUGAAGGACCUCCCAGUACAAUCGAACGGGCUAAAUGCCGACUUUGAUCUCAGUAAUCUCAUUGAAACUGUCAUCGAAGGAGUCUCGGCGGCACAAAGUUUCCGACAGUUAACUUUCGCGGGUCCACCUGCCGUUGAUACCACUCACCUAGAUGCGAUCUCAGAUGAAAAUCACAUGUCAGAUAAUGUUGUAAUUGUUCUUGAAAUCGAUUGGCAAAGCUCGUGGACCUUUAACUCUCAGAUAAGUAGUUGGAGGCGCAUUUUGAUCAAUCUUUUCCAAAAUGCACUCAAAUACACCGAGUUUGGGUAUGUUCAAGUUCGUCUGACAGCAUAUGAAACCGCGGAUGGUCAAGUUGCGAGAUUAUCUGUUGUUGAUUCAGGGAAAGGUAUAUCCAAUAAUUAUUUGAAGUACGAGUUAUGGACACCUUUUGUACAAGAAGAUCCUAUGAGCAUUGGUACAGGAUUGGGACUCUGCAUCGUUGGCAAAUUGGUCGAUGAGCUCGACGGGACAAUUGAUAUAUCAAGUACAGUUGGUGCGGGCACAGUUGUCCAAGUGGAAAUUCCAGUCAAACAUUCGGCGGCAUUUGAUGAGGAUGAAGAGACAGACAGCAACAGACUGAUACGAGAGACAAGAGAUCGUUGCCGAGGAUUAUCGAUGUGUCUUCUCGGUCUUGAUAACUAUCCUGAUCCGUGCGAGAUACCUACAGAUGUGCGGUCUGCACAGGAUAGAAGAAUGACUGCGAUUAAGUCCGCGUUGGCAAAUUAUGCCGGUGAUUGGUUUGGUAUGGUUAUUCGGAAAUCUUGUUCUAGUGCUUCUGCUAGCGGUUUCAUUUAUGUUUGUUUGAAAUCAAAUCUUUAUCGGACGGACGGAACUCGACGGAAACCUUUGAUUGUAUUUGAGGAUACAACGAGAAUAUUGGAUAAGGAAGAAGGUGAAUUUUAUCUGACACAACCGUUUGGUCCCUACAAAUUGGCGAGGAUUUUGGGACAAUGCAUCGACUAUCUUCAAUCCAAAGACCCUAAACCAAAUGAUAAUGAUCCAUCCAGUACAUCACCCAGAUUACCAUCUAGCACAGGUUCCACCCCGAUGCUCACGCCAUCUAGUAAUGACUAUCCCAGCGUUAGGAAUACCGAAGUAGAUUCCAAAUAUGUCGAAAAGGAAGAAAGACCCAAAUUGGUCUUCUGUCACCACUCCAGCGAAUCUAUAGAAUCGGUGAGACCCAAAUUCGAAGUACGUAAGCAUUCAAAUGAAUCAACGGACUCGGCAGUCGACAUGAGAUCAAGUGAAGAGCCUGUCGUGACUUAUCACUCCUUUCCCUUUCCAGAGGGAUUGCCACAUUGGUCCAAGAUAGAGAAUGGAGUACCUCAAUUGAUUGAUAUACAGGGGAAAUUGGACGGAAAGGAAAUGGAGGAACCUGUCGCAAUUAGUGCGCCUGAUUUAUACAACGCAGGCGCAGCUUUAGAAGGACAUACAAGUUCAGAAAAACAGUUUUCUGUUCCCGAAAGACCGUUUAUGCUUGAAGAGUCUGUGGGCUUGAAUUUCUCAAAUCUGGAGAACCUGGCCAUUAUAGAAAAUGCUUCUGUUACUCCAGAAAAAUCCCAGAUUCUUGGAAAACCGUCAGCCAUUGAGAGACCUUCGAUAGUAGCCACUGAUAAACUUGGGAUCGUUGAGAAGGGUAAAAUUGCCUCGAAAGCAGCAUCUAUUGAAAAGCCAACAGCAACCUCGGAAUCACUCAUCCUCUCGAAAGCAGCAGUUAUCGAGAUCGCCAAGCCAGAGCUAGAACUGGUAUCGACAUCUGAAUCUUCUACUGCACCAACUGUCAAAGAUUCCGCACGUGCAGUCGUCCUUCUUGUUGAAGACAAUAUCAUCAAUUUGAAAGUACUUGUCCACAGCAUGAAAAAAUUGCAAGAGGUGUACGACACUGCAUCCAACGGUCUCGAAGCAUUCGAGAAAUACAAAAAAGCACCUGGAUCACUCAAAUUGAUUUUCAUGGCCCGCCCCCCACUAACCCCUCUCAGAUAUAUCAUGCCCAUAAUGGACGGACUCACUUCCGCGCGUUACAUUCGCGACUACGAAAGCCUCCACAAUCUUCCCCGUGUUCGUAUCGUCGCUUUAACCUGUUUUGGUACUGAAGAACAUCGUCGAGACGCUGCCAUGAGCGGUAUUGAUAUCUUUCUGACUAAGCCAAUUAAUAUGAAGAGUUUGAAGCCGGUUGUCGAUUUGGAUCCAGAGAAUGUGGAGGAGGGAGUGAUGGCGGAGAAAUUUUAA